UGGAAUGGAAACAACACGGGGGAGGGAGGUGCUGCUCAGUUGAGAGGAAAGUACUGCAACACUGAGAAGAGGAGACACGUGUACGACGUAGUAAUAUGCAACCUACGACCAUAAGAUAGGUCGAGAAAUACGUCGGAGCCCGUAGUAGCUCGAUUUCUGCUAACUGUUUGCAGUUCUCCUUUUCGGGACGUAACCGUUUCAGUCAAACCGCUCAUCGUCGGUGUAAGUACUGAUUGGUGUGUUCACGGUCCGAUUCACCAUCCUCCUCUGAGGAGUCCUCUCUCCCUUCGUCGCAGCGGCGGCAUCAUGCUUUCAAGCUAUCGUUUUUCCUCUGCGUUGCUAGUUGCAUCCCCUAGUAACCUCUCGUAGACAUUUAUCGUAGCGAAAAUCCGCGCUCCCACGUACUAUCGCAUCGUUUCGCCGUGUCCGUGUUCGCCGCAUAUUUCCCUCUCCUUCCCAGAAUCGCCGGGCCCUCAUCAUGAUUUAUCAUUCCCUGCCCAUCCUCUCCCUCCUCCUCGCAUCGGCCCUUCUCACCGCUUCCCCGCCCUCCGUCUCCGCUCAGUCCUCAGCACCCGUAGACUCCACCGCAGCACUCAAUAACGCGUUAAAUACAGCCUCCAAUAAGGCCGCCGGCUCGACCGUCCCCGGAUCGAACUCGUCAGCCGCCGCGUCGCUCACCUGGACCGCGAGCCUCCUAAGCGCGACCGGCGUGGACCAGGAGGUGAUUAACGCGCGCGGCUCGCGGCUCGGCGCGCUGCUGAUCGCCCCGACUAACUACGCGUGGCAGCAGCUCUUCGAGGUCCUAGAGCGCGCCAAUGCGAAGCAACCGGCGGCGAGCUGGACAGGUGUCUUCGUGGGCUAUCCAAGCAUAACACCAGCCACGCUCCUAUCCGCAGCCACCAGCAUCACCACCACCACCACCACCACCACCACCGGAUCCUCCUCCUCCUCCUCCUCUUCUGGUGCCAGUUUCGCCAGCACCUUUACCAAUUUCUCCGCGCCUCUGGAUCUCACCGCCUUGACGCCAGACGGCCGGAGCGCUCUGCGCGGCGUGCUGCUGCUGCACCUUACCAGCGCUUACUAUGUGGAGUCCCAGCUGCGGGCCAUGGCGUCGCCCAAUGCCAGCAACGCAGCGCCCCAACACGGGCAUGUGUACGCCGUCAGCACCAACCAGACCAUUCAGAUCCACACCGAGUCCGACAACUCCCUUGUCUUCCGCAUGCCAGCCAACGCCAACACGCCCGUGGGGGUCAGCCCCUACACGGCCUACGCGGUCACAGCAGCUGCCACCGUUCUGCCUGGGCUCACCGACGCUGUGGCUGACGGCAAGCUGGCGGUGCAAGGCGUCGAUCACGUGCUGCUGCCUCCCAUAGGGCCGGCCAACGCUGGGGGAAGAGCUUUACAGCUUCAUCUACAAGUGGUUAUUUACAUAGCAGGAUUUACUUUGGCCUUCCUAUUUAUAUAGGUUCCAUUUUCUAAGUGUAGGGCCACAUGUGCUGUGAAGUAUACCAUCCGUUAUAUGUUUUUUUCUUAUGCUAAUGGGUUGCUCCUUAGCGAGUUAUUGAAUCUGAGACAUUGG